AUGUUUAAUAAGGCUGGAAAACCUUUUUAUCGACAUAAAUUUACUGAUUCCGAAGAUUUCGAUGAGGAACUACAUGAUUUGUUUAACAAAAAGUAUCAAUUUAGUUUCAAUGGCGAAUGGAAAUUACCUGAGCAAGAAUCUUGGUUUUCUGCUCCUUCAUGGAAAGUGGCUGGUCUAGAAACUUUAAAGUCUCGUUUAAACUUUCAUAAAAGUCAGUUGAACGAUUUUAGUAUCGAAGAGUGGAGUAGUCACACACGUCGACGUAACCCGGCCGGCGAAGUUAGUUGGAAAGUAAGAUGUUUGGUAAACCCUGAGUUCUUGACGCAAGCUUGGACAAAGUUCUAUGAGUGUGCAUGUACAUACAGCAUAAUACCACUAGAAGCUACAGAAGAGAAGAAAAUGGUCUCUCUGCAUUUGUGUGAAGCUCCUGGUGCCUUUAUUACAUCAUUGAACCAUUUUCUCAAACAACACAAUAACAACAUACAAUGGAAAUGGCUGGCAAGCACCCUUAAUCCAUAUUAUGAAGGGAAUUCUACAUCAAACAUGAUAAGUGAUGACAGAUUCAUGUUUCACACCCUUGAAAAUUGGGAUUUUGGAGUUAACAGCACAGGAAAUAUUAUGAACUGGGAGAACUCUCAAGCAAUUGUCAAAAGAGCAAAAAGUCUUGGAAAGGUUCUUCUGGUCACUGCAGAUGGUUCAAUAGACUGCAUGCAGAAACCUGAUGCCCAGGAAGAAGUUACUUCACCUCUACAUUAUUGUGAAAUUGUUACAGCUUUACAAAGCCUUAGUAAAGGUGGUACAUUAAUAUUCAAGCUAUUUACAAUAUUUGAACAUUCUACUGUCUGUUUGUUAUAUCUUCUGAAUCAUUUAUUCCAAGACGUCAACAUUUAUAAACCAAUCACAUCACGGCAAGGUAAUUCAGAAGUCUAUGCUAUUUGUCUAAGGUACAAGGAUAAUAUUUUACUAGAUGAGUUCUUGCCAAGGCUAAAAUCAACAUAUGGGACAGAACUUUACAGUAAUUUAGCAUUGUUCCCUUUAGAUAUGAUUCCAGACAGUUUUAUAAAGCAAAUAGAAGAGUGUGCUUACUAUUUUUGCUCACUUCAAUGUCAUGUUAUUAACAACAAUCUUCAAGCUUAUCUAAUGCAGAACAAUAUUGCAUUGCAUCGAGAUAUCAAAAAAAUUAGAGCACUGGUUGCUGCUGAAUUUAUUUGGAAGUAUGAUUUGAAACCUAUACAUAUAAACCAGGAAAUUUUACAUGGAAUACUUCAUGAAGAAAACAAAACAAAUAAUAAUCCUAGGUACUGUAGAGGUUCGUAUACAGAGCGACAGUUAUUCACAAAAAUGUCCCUAAAAGAAAAGGUACAGAGUUUAUAUAGUUCCUUGCAAGCAGAACUAUUUUCAAAUCCCAUAGUGCCCAUUAAUGAAUCUGUGAGGUGGAUGGUUGGAGUAAAAACUGAACUAAAACUAAAAUUCACUUAUGGGCUACCAUUAGAAAGAAUUUACAGUUCCAAAUUUAUAUUGACCCCACUAUUCAAGCUCUAUCAACAAAUACUUUUUGAUGAUGAUUUCAAGGGAAUUGUUAAUAGAAAUAAAGAUAAUGCAAAGGAUGUCCCUGAAUUAAGUUUUGAUUUUUCAAAGAAGUUAUGUUUACCAUGCAACCAUGAAGUAAAAUAUUUUCUCCAUGAAAAAAAAUGCUUUAAGUUGUUGAUUGAAACUCUGAAUAACAUGCCAGAAGGUGGAAGUCUUUUGCUGCACAAUUAUAACACAUUAACACAUUUUAAUGUUAGUGUCUUAUACAUUUUAUCAAACAUUUGUUUUAGAAAAACUGGAUUACUGUCUUGUGGUGUCAUAAUUCUGCAGAGCCUAAACAAAGUUUCAUUAGAACUUUUAAACCUUAUUGAUGUUGAAUGUGAGCAGGUAAAAAAUGAACAAAACAAAGAUGUAUUAAAUUCAUUGCCUGUUCAAAUAACGAAUGUUGGCAUUUUUUAUGAUAAUGUUAUAUUUUAUAACAACACAUUCUACAGAAAUACAUGCACAGACAUUCUUAAAACAAUUGAACAAUCACUCUAA